UCUGCUACAUGUGUCCCCACAGCCACGUGACCCUGUUUCUCUAAAACUCAAUUUCUCAUUUCCACUUACACCAAUGUCCCAAUGAUAAAUGCCUAUCCAAACUCGCCCCAUGAAUCACACACUUUCAGCACCCUCAAGAGACCCUUUUGAAGGUGUGCAAAGAGUACUAAGUAACACAAUCACAAAUCACAAUGGCCAUCAAAAAAUCCAAUAAGCUACCCCAAGCAGAUGUGAUCAAGCAAAUUGUGAGAAGGUGUUCAAGUUUUGGGAAGAAGCAGCAGGGCUACAAUGAAGAGGGUGGUCUUCCAGAAGAUGUGCCAAAAGGGCACUUUGCAGUGUAUGUUGGUGAAAACAGGACAAGAUAUAUUGUCCCAAUUUCAUGGUUAGCUCAUCCACAAUUUCAAAGCUUGCUCCAAAGAGCUGAGGAGGAGUUUGGCUUCAAUCAUGACAUGGGCCUUACCAUCCCAUGUGAUGAAGUUGUUUUUGAGUUUCUUACCUCAAUGAUUAGAUGAGAAUUAAGGCAAUUUGAUCGCUCUUGAGGCUUAUAUCCACAAUUAAAAGCUAGCCCCUUUUCUAAGUGCCAAAUUCUAAGGAACUAAUAACUUUCUUACUUUUGGUAUUGUGAUUGUAUAUAUACCUUGGCCCAUGCCAUUUGUUUUCUUGAUCGUUAACCGGUGAAGAUUUCAAUAAAGCAAUGGUAUUCAUCGGGGUAUUACCCUGUUCAAA